CCAAGUCACCUUGGUGGCUUUUUGGUAAAUUUGACGCAGCAAAGAAGUAGCAGCUCCAGGCCAGAGCUAUCGUCCAGACCAUAACCAGAGUGGCGAUUAGUAUAUCCAUUGAUUCUGCCGGUCGACGGUUUGAGAGAAAGUAGGAGGAAGGACAAAAUGGCAUCAGGGUGGGGAAUAACAGGCAACAAAGGCCGAUGCUACGAUUUCUGGAUCGACUUCAGUGAGUGCAUGUCUCGCUGCCGUGAGCCCAAGGACUGCUCUCUCCUCCGUGAAGACUACCUCGAGUGCCUCCACCACUCCAAAGAGUUCCAACGAAGAAAUCGGAUUUACAAGGAGGAGCAGCGGAAACUGAGAGCAGCAGCACGGAAGGGCAAGGAGGGUGAAGAUGUUGAUCAUCAUGCAUAAUAGUCGUUAGUCAUCUGUUGGACGCAAAAUAAUGAAGUGUGAUGUUGUAUUUUUCCCUGGACCAUUUUCUAACUUCAUUAUAUUAUCUGUUUUUUUCAUCAUGGAAUUGGUGUAGGCCUCCCUGGUCUAUGCAAUAAAACAAAGUCAUAUUUUCUUUUCUUCCAGCACUCAGAUGUAGACUCAUUUGCUUACUGUACCAACACAUUUUUUGAACCUUUUGUCUAUUUCUUUCUUUUCUUGUCUA